AUGACCAAGGACGAUCGCAGCGCAGCAGACGUUUUAAACGCCCUGCUGAAUUUCUCCCGCAACAGCACAGGGAAAGUAGAACACCGGGGGGAUAACCUAAACGGGUUCUUUUGUGAAGUUGCCGAGUUCUUCAUGGGGCACGUGCAUAAAGAGGAACUAGCCAGGCGCAUAAGCAACCACAUAGCUAGCCAAGUAGAAGCAAAGAACCCACUGGAUGAUAGAACGCUCGAGCAAAUAAAAAUUUUAAUUGUUUUUUUAAAUUCGCUGUAUGAAAGACACUUCAGCAGAGCGUUCCUCAGCAUCGACACUUCUUGGGUAGUCCAAUUGAUCGCAUCAAACGGGUGCACGGACCCAAUUGUAUUUAAAUUCCUGGCAGAUGUGCUCGUCUUAACGUUUGGAGCGAGGGAACCGGGGGGCACGGACGACGCGGACGACGCGGACGGAACGGACGGCACCCUGCAGCUUCUGCUCCUUUUACUAAGGUGCAUAAGGGGGAGGGUGGAGGCGGACGUUAGAGAGAACAAAGAAAAUCUCCUUUUUUGCAGAAGGGUGGAGCGGUGGUUAAGGUGGCGCGGCGGGUUGGCAAGUUCACUUGGAGGGACAGACGAGGUAGACGAGGUAGACGAGGCAGACGAGGCAGAUAAAGGGGGUGCACCGGAUGAGGCGCCGCUUAGGGGGGGCCUCCCCUAUGAGGAGCUCCUGCGCGGGGGGAAAUUCCACUUCAGGGCCCUGUGCCACUUGUUCGCGCUGGUGGCGGAGAAGGUGGGGAGGAAGGUCACGGAUGGGGAUGAGGCGCGCAGCCCAGACGUGGGACGCACCGGGCACGCAGGGCGUCCGGGGCACUCCAAACAGAGUGGACAGGGCUAUAUGGGAGGAAGCGGCGAAAGGGGGGAACGAACCGCCAUAUGGGGGCUCCCCCAGGUGAAGUCCCUCGCGAGGGACAUCCUGCAUCUCCUCCCGUUCGUGAGCAACCCCCCCAUGCGCGACGUGAUAAUCAAGGACCUCUGCUACACGGCGAAGGAGUACCUGUUCCCCCGGCGCGAGAUGGAGGAAGUCUGCCUGGAAGUGACGCGGCGGAUGUUUUUCUGCGUCGGCAACGACCCUGGGGGGGAGCUGGGCGCGCCGCAUGGGGGAGAGGGGGUAGCAGUGGAGGGAGAAGCGGGGGGAGAAAAAGAGGUAGAAGUGGAAGGUGCAGAAGUGGAGGGAGAAGUGGAGGGAGACGUGGAGGGAGACGUGGAGGAAGGCGAAGAAGCCGAGCUGGGCGUAGACGCGGAACCCGCGGGGGCGACUGGCCAAGAAGCCACACCCCUCCUCCGCACCUACCUCGCCUACAACGCAAACUGCUACGCGAAAGAAGGCAGAGAGACGGAUGCCGAGCUGCUAAGCGAUGUCUACAGCUUCCAAGUGCUCUACAGGGACUACCUCUACGAGGGGGAUUUUUUGGCCAAAGCCAAUUUGGACGACGUGCGCUUCUUCUUGUUGCUCCUUAACAGGGCCUACACGAGCGAAUCAGUUAUGAAGAAGGUGAUCUUCCUGUUCGAUGGCAUCGUAGGUGCAGUCGAUGGCAUGGCAAGUGCAGUCGUUGGGAUCGUAGGUGCAGUAGAGGGAGUCGCCAGGAGGAAGGGACGGGGGAAGCCACACCAAGGAGGGGGGCAGUUUGCAGAAGCCUGGGAACUCUACAAGUGCAUCCUCAGGUGCGUGCAGAACUUUUCUGUGCACUUGCUAAAAGAGAACUGGCACAAGAUGGUGGGCCUGUUGCAAGUCGCUAGUUCGAUUAGGAGGAGGUACGAAGCGGGGUGGUCACCAAGGGGGUUGCGAAGGAGGUCUCCAAAGGGGUCGCCAAAGCGAUCUUCAAGACCGCCGGACGAAUGGCACGCCAACCGGGGAAGUACCCACCGCAGUGCACUCCCCAGUGAAGGGGCCAACCGAGGGAGCACCGCAGCCGACACGCCCGCACCCUUUGACGAUUUGGACUACUACAUUUUUAAAUGCUGUGCGGGGAGCGACGUGGGGAAGGGAGAAAUGAAAGUUUUGCAGCUCCUAGAUUUUCUGCUCCUGCGUCAGGUGGAGCUUCUCAUUUGGCUGCUGCUUCGGCACAGCAACGGGACGGUCACACGGUUUUCCCUUUGCCAGCUGGUGAGUCGAGGCGACAUGGGGUGGAAGGCGGUAGCAAAAGGGGUAGCAAACAAAGCAGCAAACGGGGAAGCGGUAGUGGUUGCGGGAGAGAAGGCCCCCCCCCCGGAUGGGGCACUCGACGUGCAGACCCUCCUCGACUGCAUGAGCGACACGUUCCUCUUCCACGUUUUCUUUGACGAAUGCAUAAGGCCAACGCUCUUCAUCAAAGGAGACAUUCCCUUUUAUGAGUUCCGCCUGAAGAACUUGAUAGUGGCGAAGGUGCUGAAGAGGAACUCCCUUUUAAUGGCUAAGCAUUUCCUGGUCGGCCUGCACGGGGUGAGGUUUUUCCACGUGAACAUCCGCGUGGUGCUGGAGGGGCUGCUGGAGGCGCUGCGCCUCCUGGGGGGGGGCAGCCCCGCCCGGACAAGCUCGACUGACCACUCGGAUUGCCGCGUAACGCGCCGCUCGGAUUGCCGCUUAACAUGCCGCUCAACGUGCCGCGUGACGGACCUGCACGAGGUGCUCGGGGGCAUCGUGAAGAACGUGAAGAACAUCCCCGUGAGCAGGCGAAGCGACACCCUGACGCUGCUGCUGGAGACGGCCGUCAGAAUGAACCACCACGUGGGGAUAUUCAGGAGAGUAAAAAGCUACUGCGUCUUUUUGGACGCGUUCGAAGACGAGUUUUUUUGCAAACAGAUGGGGCUAUUCUACUCCUUGCUCAGGUUAAACGUAGGGUGUAUGACGGAACAAAGUGGUGGGGACAUUACCCAAGAGGGAGGAGCUUUCAUUUUGAUGAAGAACCCAACCAGUGAUGCUUUCCUAAGUCGUUUUAUUGGCCAUCUCAACCAUAUCCUUCUGUCUAACCAGCAUGUGUACUUUUGGGGAUACUUGCGUUUUUUUAUUUUACUGGCAACGCAUGCAGAGCUGAAGAAUGGCAGCCUCAUCCUCCUCCGUGGGGGCACAGGAGGAGAGGCAGACGAGCUGGUGAAUCGCUUCCUUUUUUAUAUUCUUAAGUAUGGGGCGGGCAACCUGUUUGAUGAGGACAGCUUGGAAGGCGUAAUGACGGGGCUUCUGGCGAGGGUUGGGGGGUGCCUCUUCGGCGAGGGGGUCAACUCUACACGUGAUGGGGUCAACUCUACACGCGAUGGGGUUAACCCUGCUUUUGAAGGGCUGAACUCUACACGUGAGGGGGGUGAAGCGCAGACGGGACGUCCCUGUGAGAACCACCAGCAGGGGGACAUCCCCCUGAGGGAGCUCCUCCCAUUUGUGGAUGCCCUCGAGUACCUGCUCCCCAACAGCACCACCCCCUUCGCAGAGUGUUUAAGUUAUUACAAUCGGGACUACGCGGGUGAAACGGAGAGGGGGGCUUCCUCCCACAGCAGAGUGCCCGGUGGAACUCUCCAAAAGGGACUCUCCCCCCUGCCGAGUAACCACAAGAUGACUCAGCCAAAUGGUCGCUUCCUCCUCCAGGUGAAGGCACUACACGACGAGUGUGUUAAGUACGUGACCCAUUUUGCCGAAAGGGGAAUUCAUGAAGAUGCCACGAAAAUCAUUUUGGCCGUCUCCUUUUUAUCUAGCGCCUGCUCGUUGUUCUCUCCCCCACGAGACGCAGUCCCCAUCGAGGUGGUCAUCCAUCUGCAGGUGGGGCAAGCGAGUUGCGGGGUGCCCACAGAGGGGAGGAGCAAAGGGAAGGAAAAAAACCCUAACGGAAGAACUAACCUCUACGGGAACAAACAAUAUGAAGUGUUUAAUUAUUAUAAAUAUAAAUACGCCUACAAGAGCAUGUGCAGGGGUGCCUCGGAAAGAGCCUCCUCCCCCUUCGGGGGGGACGUCCUCUCCUUCGCCGAGAAAGUUAUAAGUGACAUCGAGCUGUGCAAGGGGGAGCUCGUGUACGUCUACAUGAUCGUCCGGCGGUUCGUCAUCCCCGCGGUUUUCGGGGGCACCGCCAGUGGAGCGAGUGGCCCCGUUAGGGGGAGCGGUAGCACCGUUAGGGAAAGUGGUAGCUCCGUUAGGGGAAACGACACCCCUUCGGGGAACCCCCAAGGAGCGGACGAAAGGACGCACAUCUUAACCCUCCUGCUGAAGCAAAGCGACAUUCUGAUUGACCGGUGCUGCGCGUGCAAGUACCCCGCGCGCAUCCUGGAGCUGCUCUUCCUGACGCUGUUCCACCCCCUCGUGGUGAAGCACGACAUAGCUUCGCAUGCGGGGAAGGGAAGCGGGGUGGCAACGCGUGGAAGCGAAGCCGAAUGCAAUAGUGAUGACCCUCCCCAGAAACGUGCAGACCCCACCGCGAACCACAACCGGGCGGCCAACAAAACAAGCGGGGAGCGCCCCUCCCUCCUCCUGAGCUAUAUUAAUAAAAUUAUGCAGUACGGGCAGACGAAGCUCUCCAUAAUCAGAAGCGCAGUGAUCCCUUUCCUCUCUUCAUUCAUUUUUUCGCUCAUCCAAAACGAGGACAUCCUUCAAGUGAGCAGCGAAUACCUAGAAGAACUUGUGGAAGCCGUCGUUGACAUUUUAAUAUGCAAAGAAUUUGUCUUGGUGGACUUAAAGAGGAGUUUUGUGAAUGACCACUAUAAGAUGAAGAGGGGGAACAUCCUUCUUCACCACUUUAUAAACGAGCAGAUAUGCUUUCAUUUUUUCUCUCGGCUAGAAAACAACGAGGAGGUUGUUCUUCCGGCGGAUUUUUUCCGCGUGCGGCACUUGCCCAUCUUCCUGAGGCUGCUGGCCCUCAUGUUCCUCAUCAACUUGUUUGGCUUGCUCGAGGGGGGGGGCGAUGGCGGCAAAAUUGGCAGCACUUCCUAUAGCGACGAUGUCGUCCAGCUGGCCGCUCUGCAGCGGCGGACCCUCGUGCGCAGGCUCUACGCGCGCCUGCUGCUUCAGAUUAUGAAUCGGGUGAGCAACAAGAGUGUGGCGGCGUCUGGAGGACCUCCAACCGGGGGAGCGCCAUCCGGGGCCCCGCUGCCCUCCUCCAGCGGACACAACACCCAGCUGAGGGGACUACAAGCGCUGUGCUGCCUGGCAAAGUAUUUCAAGUGCCUAAAGAAGACGCAAAGGAAGCUACUCAUUUUGAGGGUAAACCAGCUGCUCCGCGACGAUCACUUGAGCAACACUCGUCAGUACUUGGAGCUUUUCUGCCUCUCAGUGAGUCCCUCCUCCUUUGUUUUGCUCUACCCCCACCUAAGGAGGAACCUGGCCGAUGGGAAUACAAACACGCAGCUGACCGUCAGCACGCUCAUCAUCUGUGCCUACAUUUUGCUGAAGACAAAAUUUAGUUACUACUCCUUUGAGGAACUGCAUAUCAACCCCUCCUUCGCUCGUGUGUGUCUCUCCAGUGGCAAAUUUCGGAUGAGCCAGGUGGUGGCUAGACAGACGGGGGCUCCCUACUUGGAGGGGAGGAAGAAGAACAAGCAGAAUAGGAAGAGACGCUCCAAAGAGGACUCGAGAGAAAUCAAACGAAUCAUGAACAAAAUCGUCAAGAGGAACCAAAAUGAUAAGGAGAAAAUUGUGCAGGAUGUGCGGAGGUGCGGGAAGAAGGUGGCGCGGCUGGGCAGGCGCACGGGGGGGAAGGAAGCAGAGGGGGUAUCCCAACGGGGGGACCCCCACAAAGAGAGGACAGCCAAACGGGGGGACGCCCACAAAGUGGGGGUAUCCCCCCCGAGGCGCGGGCUCUUCUUCUCCGAGCACAUCCGCAAGUGCCUCGUCGCGCUGGUCACCCGAAUCGUGGCUCUCUGCUCCUCGCACGCGGCCCUGGUGAGGAGCAUCGCCCAAUACACCUUUUACUACUUCGUAAAGGGGAGGCAGGAACUUUUGAGCGAUCCAUUUUUCCACUGCACCUACUGGUACAUUAAAAAGAAUAAGGACUGCAAACGCAUUCGCAGGAAGAUGAAGGAGCAGUUUCGCCACUGGACCCCCGCCCCCUUUGAGGACAUCCGGAUCCUCCUGCCUGCGUGCAACUACUCCUACAGCUACUUCGAUGAGGACGUUGCGAAUGAGGAAGGCACCAACACGUUCGCCCACGUGCUGCGCAAUUACGAGUUGGUCUCUUCGUAUACUUUCAUAGAGACGCUGCGGCGGGCGGUGCAGCAGGAGAUGUCCGCCAUUAUGUUUAGCGUGGACUUGGAGCGCCAGCGCAGGGAGGCCGCAAAAGCGUUAGCGGUAAAAGCGGUAGAUGUGUUAGCGGUAGAUGCGUUAGCGGUGGACGCGGUGGACGCGGUGAACGCGGUGAACGCCUCGGACAGUGGAUGUGCUCCCCCCCUGGAAGCCGCCCUCCAGAGAAACAAAAAAAACUACCAGCAAAAAUUCGACCCCGUAAACGACCUCUUCCAAGUGAACAACGAAUUUAGAAGGACCUACCACCAGCUAGCCAAAAUCAAAACAAAUAAAAAACUAAUCGUGGUGGCAUCCCUCAUAGAUAAAGUACCCAACUUAGCAGGUCUCUGUAGAACAUGCGAGUUUUUUAAAGUCCAAAAAUUGAUGCUUCAUAACGCCAGCAUUGUGAAGGACUUUCAGUUCCAAAAGAUUUCCUCAACGGCUAAUAAGUGGAUGAAUAUAGGGGAGUUAAAAAAGGGGGACAUUUUAAAGUACCUGAUGAGGAAGAAGAAAAAAUAUGCCAUUGUGGGGUUGGAGCAGACCAAGUGUAGUGUGCCUCUGAAGAGAUUUGCCUUCCCUGAGAGGACCAUUUUAAUUUUGGGGGACGAGAAGGAGGGGCUGCCGUCUUCCGUGCUGCUGCUUCUGCACCACUGCGUCGAGAUCCCCGGCAAGGGCAUCAUUCGCUCGCUCAACGUCCACGUCUCCGCGGCGGUCACCAUAUACGAGUACUGCAGGCAGCACCUGUGA